CAAUCAACUACCGUAACUGUCGGUGACGUGUGCGUGUGGUAUGGUGUGCGCGGUGCAUACGAUUAUAUUGGACUACAUUUGCUAUAGUAUGUAUGUAGUACAAGUCAGCCGGGUUUAUGAUUGAGCACGUGUAAUGUAUGUAUCUCGUUGACCCGCUGUUCAGAGUGUUCAGGCUGUUCUGCCAACCACGCUGCUAAACUCGAACAAGAAUCGAGACAUUCGAGACGCUCCGUGCUCCCUCCGUGUAAUCGGCGUAAUCCCGCACUCCGAGGCAUGCAAGAGCCUACUACAUAAUGUUCAUAAUGAUUAUAACAACGCCCAUAAUGUUGUAUGCGUUGUACUUUUUGUAAUACACGCAGAUACCUCUACACGAAAUACUCGUGCCGAAAUCAGCUAAAAUGCCGUGGCCCUCGCUCAGCGUUAUUCUUGCCGAAAUAUUUCUGGCAUAUAUCGUCUAUUCGAUAUACUUGAUGUCGUUGCUAUUCGUGUCGCCGCCCUGCGAGGAUGGCAAACCGUGCCUCGAAUCGUACCUGAGCGAACGACCGCAGUUGGAUUUGUACAUGUACAGUUCCAUUGGGAGAAAUCCUGUCAGCAGAGACACCGAUUUCGUAUACUCGGCGCAAAACUUCGAUUACGAUCAAAUGCAAACCAUUCCAGUAUUACUGACUGUACCACGCAAGACGCGGCGGAAUGGAACAUUAUUUUUACAUGUAUUAUUAACGCCUCCUUCUGUAAAACAGGACAGGACAUUUGUUGAUUUGCAAAAAGAUUUAUUUACUUCAUAUACCACUAUUAAAAUGACACAAUACAUAGUACCUGAAGCAGAGGCGUUCAAGUUGUUAGGUGACAAAAACUAUGAGGAAGAGGAAGCUAAUAGCCAGUUUAUUACACGUCCAGUCUCGCAUAUAAAAAGUCGCGUGACUUUUACAAUAAUGACGGACAACGUUUUGCUUCCUAUAUACGACAUACCUGCCGAGUUCGUAAACCGUAUAAAAAUAAUUGGCAAGCGGACAUUCUUGCCGAUUGUAAACUGCGAUUUCUUACGAACACGGCAUAGGGACCUUAAACGAAUUACCCCGGAAAAUAAUACAACAAACGUCACGGUAGAAUAUUCGCCUGUGUCAUUGGGAAAAUUAAGAUUGAUGCUGCACGCGCAGGCGACCAUGGAAAGUCUGAAAAAUCUUGGCUUCUCUGACAAGGAUAUUGAUGAGGUAAAAGGCAUCUUUGUCGAUACCAAUGUCUAUCUACUGAGUGGUACGUUUUUCAUCGCGGCUGUACAUUUGUUGUUUGAUUUCCUUGCUAUUAAAAAUGAUGUCAGUUUUUGGCGGAAAAAAAGUAAUCUCAUAGGCCUCAGCAAAUGGACUGUGAUAUGGCGUGCAUUCAGUCAGACUGUGAUUUUCCUUUAUCUUUGUGACGAAGGUUCUUCCUCGCUCGUUCUCAUUCCGACUGGUAUCAGCACUGUUAUCGAGCUGUGGAAACUGAAAAAGAUAUCGCGAGUAGAAUUGAUUAGCAGCAAUGGCAUUUUUCCAAGAAUACAAUUUAAAACCGAUGCAAGCACUGAUGUAGCAGAGGUGAAAACUAGAGAGUUCGAUGCCGAGAUUAUGCGUUAUCUGAGUUAUUUGUUAUAUCCAUUAGUUAUCAUUGGUGCAAUCUACUCGUUACUUUAUUAUCCGCAUAAAAGCUGGUAUUCUUGGAGCAUAAAUUCCUUAGUGAAUGGAGUUUACACAUUUGGAUUCCUCUUUAUGCUACCGCAAUUGUUCGUUAAUUAUAAAUUGAAAUCCGUUGCGCACAUGCCAUGGAGGGCGUUCAUGUACAAAGCAUUUAACACGUUCAUCGACGACGUGUUUGCUUUUAUUAUAACGAUGCCGACAGCUCAUAGAAUAGCGUGUUUCAGAGAUGACAUCGUUUUUGUAAUUUAUCUGUCUCAAAGAUGGUUAUACCCAGUGGAUAAAUCACGUAUGGAUACCGAUACAAUUACAGAAGAAGCUAUUGAUUUCGGCAACAAUUCGAACAAAAAAACAAAUUAAAAAUUAUUUCCUAUUGUUUACUGUUAUUGUUUGUCUUUGUUAUCUAGAAUUUAAAACUUUCAUAAUAUCGUGUGUUGAAGCGUUAUUACGCUGAAACAGCAUUUAUAUCGCUAAUGUGAAAAUUUAAUUAAUGUACGCACACAUUUGUUACAAAAAAUAUAUUUUAUAAAUUUUAUUUUAUUACCACCUAGAGAGUUGUUACAUUUUUUUUUAAUGGUCUGAUAACGAAUCUUGCAAUCAAUAUAUAAUCAAUACGAUAAUAUUAUCCAA